AUGGCCCAAUUUGUUACUCAUAUACAACCGACUUUAUUAGAGGCAUCCCAGGGUCAUGUUCCGCAUCAUCAUGCCCAUCAAGUGGGACUUCAGCAUACAUCACAUUUGCCACACAGUGGCCAUAAUAUGCCAUCGCCACCAACAACUCACAAUCACCAGCAUCAUCAGCAGCAUCAUCACCAACAGCAGCAGUCAUCACAUCAUGCUCACCAUCAGAGUCCACCGUCACAGCUAUCAUCUCCGCCAGCCACUGGAGGAUUUUAUUCACAUUAUCAACAGCAGCAACAGCAGAUGCUGCAGCAUCAACAACAACAUCAUCAUCACCAUGGCCAAGGAAAACACACGUCGACUGGCGGCAAACAUGAACACUGUCCAAGUGGUCAUCAAAGCUCGGUAAUAAUCACUUAA